UCUUUGCUUUCAUUCAACCUCACAAUUAAAAUCCCUAAAAUCAAUCAAAAAUACGAAAGAUUCUUCUUCUCCUCUUAAGAAUAAGAGGAAAUGGAUGGGAGAGGAGGGUGUUGUAUAGCUAGGUACGCGGCGGGGGGUGGGGGAGCGUACGAUAUGUCAAAGGUGGACCGGAUAAUGCUGCGGUAUAGACCUAUUGCGCCGAAACCGGCAGCCGGUGGUUCUGUUUCCGGAGCUACUACUCCGCCGCAGAAGACUGAGGUUACUCCAAGUACUGGACGGUGGAAGAGAAGGUACGUUAAAGAUCACAAUAAAAAUGGUAAUAGUAGUAGUUCUAACAAGAAAUCCAAUAGCGGAACUAGUACCGGUAGGAAAAGGAAAGCGGCUUCACCUGAAGAAAAUGAAUCUAGUGGUAAAACGGUGUCUGGUGGUGAAACCGUAGUGACGCUGCCGUUAUUGUCGGAGAGUCCGGAAAGGAAGGAGGACUCUCCGACGGAUCAUUUGGUGAAGAAAAACGAAAAGAAUGCUCCGAUCUGGUUGAGUUUUGGUGGUAAUCAAGGGCGUGUCAGUAAUAAUAACAACAAUAAUGAUAUUAAUGGUCAGUUGCAGUUGCUGCAGGGGUACGGAGGAGGAGUUGGUAUGGAUCGUUCUAGAGUGAUGUUUCCUCAGCCAGUACGGGUAGUGGGGUCAUGGGUAAAAGUGGAAAGCGUAACCGACGCGUGGGUGGAAGUAUAUGGGUUAGGACGUACAGAUGAGGAGAAAUUUGUAAAUCUCGGGCAGGACACCUGUCCAGGGUUUAUAUCAGACGGUUUAAACAGAGUUAGGUGGGCCAACAAGGCCUACAAAGAUCUGGUAGGUGAUGGAGGCCCCGCAGGGGAAGUAGUUGUUUGGCUGGUGAUGAAGGAAGAUGUGCCUCUGCCGGAGAGCAAAACAACGGCGGCGUUCACCUGCAAAGUGAGGGUGGUUAGGUGCGGAAAGGAGAAGAAUUCAUUGAUUCUGCCGUGCGAUGUGUGGAGGAUGGACGGCGGAGGAUUUGCAUGGAGGUUGGAUACAGAAGCAGCGCUCUCCUUGGGGCGGUGGUUUGGGUGGUGGCAAGUGAUUUACUUAUGCUAGUUGUGUGGGCAACUCUUGUUCUUCGGAGGAGAUGUUGGUUAGGGAUAUUUGUUAAAAUACAGUUUUAUUACUACUAGGUGGGUACUCUUUUGAACCAUGGAAACAGAUCAUCAUCUUGUAACUAAUCUGACCUGGGCUUUAGUGUUCCUUUUUCUUAACAUCUUUUUGAUAUUUUGUUCAA